UGUAGCAAGGCUGGAUGCACAGAGGGAGCUGCACUCAGUGUAUGCGUGGCACUCUCCCCAGCCUGUUGCAGGAGUGGCCAGGCUGGGUGUGAUCACAAGGGGGGGAUGCUUUACAUUUUGCACAACCCACAAACUGAGUGAGUUUCUUUGGAACGUCUAACUAAGCCCAUUCAGCUACACUGUAGCACUUACUAUUGGCUAGACUUUGCAGGAAGGCUCUGCAGGGAUACUAGUGUUUGCAAGUCCAGCUCAGUACUUGCAGUCUGCACUCACAGCCCUGGCUCAUCAGCAUCAUGUCUAACCCAAGACACAGGAACAAGAGCAACUCUGCAGACAACAGCUCCCAGACAGCGGCAAAUGACGUGGCAAAGAAGAGCAAUAAAUCCAGCAAAGGGUCUUCAUCAUCAUCAUCCUCCUCUUCAGGCGCUGCAUCUGGUGUAUUUAAGAAACUUUUUACCUUUGUGCUUUAUGCAGGUUUGAUAGCAGUGUCUGCCUGCACUGGCUGGUUUGUGUAUAAUCUCUUGGAGGAAGUCUCCCAAAUUAACAGCAAACUCGGCCACCUAUCCUUGCAGAAAGGUGAACUGGCUGAAACCGUCAACACUCUCCAAAAACAGGUAAAUGCUGACAUUUUCACCCCCUUUCAAUUUCCCUGAAUACCUGUGUUUACUGGUGACCAAGUAGUUUGAACCAUAUGUAAAAUGAAUUAUUACAAUUACAUAUGAAACUUCAAUGGAAUAACUAAUCUGUGGGUGUUAGAGCUACUAUAAUAUAUUAUAGUUGCCAUAAUGAUGUGUUAUUAUUAUUUUAUUAUUUAUAUAGCGUCAUCACGUUCUGUAGCGCUGUACAAUGGGAUUAUACUAUAUAGAGCUUUUAGUAUAAUAAAUUGGGCAAUUCCGUUGUUUAUUGCGUCAAAUUAGCAAAACGUUCUAAUUGAUUGCAGAAUUUGAGGUGAACAAGAGAAUAUAUAUAUAUAUAUAGUAUAUUCCACAGAUGCUUCUAAAGUUCCCAAAAUUAACCCUCUGGGCUGCUACACGAAAUUGUGAAUUAUGGGAAAUUAGCGAGAAAAUUCACAAUUUAAGGCCAUAAUAAGUGAGUUGGGAACGCUGGGAGCUUUUUUUUUCUCCAAUUUUUAUCUUUUGACAUAAAUUUCCCAGUUCCAUUAUCAAUUCUCCACAAUUCCCAUUUUAUUAAAUACACUCAUGUGAGGGAUAAUCACUAAAAGCAUGACUUUUUGGGAAUUCAUCGUGAUUUUUAAUUAAAAAUUUUAGCAAGUAAGGUUUUUUUUGUUUUUUUUUAGGUUGACUAUUUCUGCCUAAAAUUUAAAAUUCACUUUUUAAAUUUGUAACCGUUCACCACUUAGUGAAUAGCCUUCAUAGUGUUGUCAGUGUUUUAUUUUCUGUUUGAAAAUAUACUGGUGAGAAAUGCAUUUUGACCACAUUUCAGUGUAAAGGUCAGAACCUUCAAAUUAAUGUAUGCUUGGAGACAUACAAUGUCUACUAGCAGGACAUUUGACUGGGUAACACCUGUUGGAGAAGGAAGUAUGUACUAUAUAUACCAAAGUGUCUUUACAUAUUUAACCCAUUGGAGGGGAAGGUAUGUGUAAUAGUAGAACGUAACCUUUAAAAUGCCAGUGUGGCAAGUAAGGGAUUACUUUUCUUGUCCCACUAACAUUUUAGAUUGUUCAUUCAUUGUAAAUGUAUAUAUUUUACGUUUUACAUUUAGUUGAGUUAUUCACUAACGUGUCAAUUGUUACAAAUUCAAAGUGAAAAUCAUAUUUUAGGCUAAAAUAACCAAACUGCAAACAUAGCUUUUUUUUUUUUUUUUUUGUGUAGCUGCUUAAGCCUUAAAUGUGAAAUUCACAUUGUAUUAUUGUCAGUUUACACUUUUGGUGAAUAGCCAUGCCUGCUUUUGGUUCUGCUAUUUAGGAAUCACAUUUAAAUUUAAAGGGACAUUAUUGUCACUUAAUAUAGUUGUUCUCGUGUUCACUGAUUGUCCCUGAAGGCUUUUUAAUUUAAACACUGCCUUUUCAGAGAAAAAGCCAUGUUUACACUACUGCCUAUGAACGCCUCUAGCGGCAGUCACUAGAGGUGCUUCCUGGGACAAUGCUGCAAAUGUUCAGCAUCUCCACACUGCCCUGGAGACUCGGGAAGUUCCUCAUAGAGAUGCAUUAAAGGAGUACUAUAGUGCCAGGAAAACAAACUCGUUUUCCUGGCACUAUAGUGUUAAUAGGUCACCCUCAUGGCCCCCCUCCCGCCGGGCUGAAGGGGGAGGAAGGGGUGAAUCGCUUACUUUUAUCCAACACCGGGCUCCUUUGGCGCUGGGGAAAUCUCCUCCCUCUUCCGACAUUAGCGCUAAAGGCGCAUGUGCGGCAAGAGCCGCGUGCGCAUUCAAUCAGUCCAUAGGAAAGCAUCUCUCAAGGAGACAGCCACUAGAGGCUGGAUUAACCGUAAUGUAAACAUAGCAGUUUCUCUGAAACUAUGUUUACAGCAGGCAGGGUUAACCCUAGAGGGACUUGGCACGCAGACCACUUCAUUGAGCUGAAGUGGUAUGAUUGCCUAUAGUGUUCCUUUAAUUAAAUUAAUCUCUAAUAGGGGAUGCUGAUUGGUGCAGCACAGUGUUUUGCCACACAUGUGCAAUAGCCUCACAAUGCUUUCCUAUGGGAAAUAAUUGAUUUUUAACAGAGGGUAAGGGGGGGCUGUCACCUAAAUAGCUAAGUCAAACCUAUAGUGUCAGCAAUUUGCAUUUGUAUUACUGACAGUGUCCCUUUAACUUUCUUUUGAAUUAUAUAUUUUUUUUGAGAGGGUAGUGGUUUAUACACUAAAGCAUGGGUCCUCAAACUCCGGCCCCCCAGAUGUUGCUGAACUACAACUCCCAUGAUUCUUUGAAUUACAUAGCCAGAGAAUCACGGAAGUUGUAGUUCAGCAACAUUUUGGGGGCCGGAGUUUGAGGACCCAUGCACUAAACAAUACAUUAGCUGAUGCUCUAAGCCAAGCUUCCCCAAACUCCAGCCCUUCAGAUUUUACUGAACUACAACUCCCAUGAUUCUAUGAAUGAAAUAGGCUGAUAAUCAUGGGUGUUGAAGUUCAGCAACAUCUGGGGGGCCGGAAUUUGGGGAAGCCAGCUCCAAGCCAAUCCGUAGCUUGCUUUCAUAAAAAGGGUAAGUACUAUAUAUAUUCUCUAAGCCAAUAAGCUGAAGCCUUGCCUGGCAGCAGGCCGUGCUUCCUGGAUCUAAAUUAGAGAAAGUGGAUGUUGAGAGGAUGGCUAGAGGGAGGAUUGGCGUUGGAGAGCCAACUUAGGGGUUAAACCUUUUUGUGGACAGUUAAACUUCCAAAGGUAAGGAAGCACCUGGGCGCUCCGUAGCAAUUUAAUAGCAGAACUACAACUCACUUGGUGCUUUGCCUGCCUUACAUCUAGUAAAACAACAUGCAAGUUGUGUUUCUGCAAUAUUUGGGCAUUUACCAUUUGGCCACUCCUAGCUUACAACAUAUAGAUACAAUAAAGCUUGUAAGGAAAUAAAACCCUAGUAAUUCACGCUCUUCAUAUUUAAUAUUCAUCAAAAACUUUUCUGUGUAAGCAAAUUGGGAACUGCAUCCUCUAGAUAUGUCAGUUCUAAGAUUUCACACUCGUUGAUCCGGAAAGGCUUGUGAACACACCACAAAGACCUUGUAAUUACAGGCACUCUGUCAUGCAUAGUAUAAUUGAGUUUUGUUUUAAAGUGACACAAUAAACCCCAAGUACAUUGAUUUACUGAAGUACUUUUUGUGUGAAGUGUGUUUUAUUCGCUUUUUUUUUUUUAUUUUACAAAAAGUUCAGAUUCCAAUUGUAAUUGGCACCAUUAUAAAUUAACCUUGUUUUGUUAAACUCCUCAACCUCCUCGACUGUCAAUCAGACAACUGGUCCUAUUCCUGGUUUGAUUAGCUCAGUGGAGAUAACUGGUGGCAAGGAGGAGUUAUUCUCUAAAUAGUGAAUUGACUAUGAGUUGGCAAAGUUUAGGGCAAAAACCCAUGUUGGGGGAAAAAUACCACAGUUCUGGAAUUUUGGCCCAAGGUGUGUUUAAAUAAUGACCCACACUUAAAGGACUGUCCUUGGGAGUGGUGAAGUAUAUUUAGAGGGACACUCCAGGCACCCAGACCACUUUUGCCCAUUGGAGUGGUCUGGGUGCCAACUCCCACUACUCUUAACCCUGCAAGUGUAAUUAUUGCAGUUUUUUUAUAAACUGCAAUAAUUACCUUGCAGGGUUAACUCCACCUCUAGUGGCUGUCUACUAGACAGCCACUAGAGGGCACUUCCUGGCUUCUAGCACAGGAAAUCUGUGCUAGAGCGUCGCUGGACGUCCUCACACUAUGUGAGGACCUCCAGCGUCGCUCAUUUCUCCAUAGGAAAGCAUUGAAAUGUAUUUUCAAUGCUUUCCUAUGGGGAGCGCGCAUGCGCGGCAUUGCUGCGCAUUAGGUCUCCCCGGCCGGUGGGCGGGAUCAGUCUCGCUCACCGGCCAAUGCAAUGCGGAGGAGUGGCGGCGGAGGAAGCAGCAACGUGGAACAUCGUCGCUGCUUCAGGUAAGUGACUGAAGGGGUUUUUACCCCUUCAGCAACCUGGGAUUGGGGGGUGGGAGGGAGAGGGAACCUGCAGUGCCAGGAAAAGGGAUUGUUUUCCUGGCACUGGAGUUUCCUUUUAAGUGGUGACUAGUUGAGGAAUACAAACAUUCUUUUAAAACACAGUAUAUCACAUCCUGACUCUUUCUUCUUCUUUUUUUUUUUUUCACCAAUUUUUUUUUUUUUUUUAAUAUGGUCAGCCAGAACAUAUUCUCGCAAUGGCUAUUGGAAUAAUAUAAUAAUUUUUUAACACUCACAAACGCUUCUUAAUGUCACUAGGGAUGCACCGAAAUGAAAAUUCCGGGCCGAAACUGAAAAGUCAGGAUGCCCUUGGCAGAAAAUGACUUUUUCCCCUAAAUGAUUUUUAAAAAGUUUUUUUUUCCCUAUAAUUUUAUUAAUAUUAGACUUUUUAAAAUGAAUUUAAUCUAAUAUGAAAAACUUCCCUUCUCAUUUAGUGGUCCCCCUGCCUAAUGUUCCUCUCUCCCCCUCUAGUGUUCUUUCUUCCCUCCUCCCCAGUUCCAUAGUGUCCCCCUCCCCUGUCCCAUAGUGUUCUUUCCCUCCCAUGUCCCAAGUGCAGUAUUCUUGACUUUUCAUGUUAUCAUUACUAUCUUUCAUUGUGAUAUAUAAUCCUCUGAAUUGUUAAUGCAAGCAUGUCUGUUAAACUAUGCACUACAAAAAACAAAAUAUAAAAAAAAGUUAAAUUUUUUUUUUUUUUUUUUUUUUACAUUUCGGCAAAUUUGACCCGUUUUCGUCCAAAAAUUUCGGCAGCCAAAAUUUAGUUGUAUCCCUAAAUGUCACUCGCAUGAUACUGGAAUGUCCAUGGUGCAAUCAUUUAAAAUCUAGUAAUGUCAUUUCCAAGUAGCCAAGCUAUAGCUCACAAUUAAAAACAGCCAGUUUCCAAAGAGAUGGAGGUGACAACCUUUGAAUAGCACACUAUUUUCUAACCCUCAAUGACAUUCAGGAUUAUUAACUAAAGUGAGAAUUCUAAGUGAAUUUAAAAUUUUAAAGCCAUAGUAGCCUAUGUGGAAGUAUAUCUGACUUGUAGAAUGUUUCUAGUUUGGCUAUUUUUUUGCCUUAAAUUUGAAAUCCACUUUAAAUAUUAUUAUUUUUUUUUUAAAACAAUACAGCUAUGAACAUGCGCUGUUAGCAGCCAAUCCCAAAAUGAAAGAACAAACAUGAAAAUAUUGAUUCAAUGCAGCGUUUCUGCUAAAAAAGCCAGAGAAAAUCAAAUGUUAACUAUUUUAUUGACCUUUUUAUAAAAACUGCUGAACCUAUAAGUAGUUUUUUAUGGUGCUAUAUCAGGCUUCAUAGACUUUUAUGAAAGUGCUACAUAAACAGUUGCUUGGGGCACCACUGACUUCCAAUAGACUGCUCAACAUUCUCUCUCAACAUUGUGAUAUGGACAGUUUGUGGCCUGUAAUCACAGGCUGAUAAUCAACUCCUCACUACCAGCUGAGCUGACAUGCAGAGUGCAAUCUACAAAGUAAAGAUAUGCAAAGACUAUAGUUCAGCAAAUACUAUGAUAUCAUGAUGGUCUUGCCUGUCAGCAGUCACGAAAGGGUUAAUAAUUAUAUUUACGGUAGAAUUUUUUCCAGCGUUGAUAUGGGACAUGGAUCCAUAAUGGCUUCAUGGAAAGUAGGACACUCAGUAGUCAUGCAGUGGCCUACAUUAUAAACCUUUUGUUGUUCUGUAGCAGAGAGAUGGCAAGCUGAACACCGCUUUCCUCUUUAGACAUAAAACUAUUUUUGGCCUGUGCAUUGGAUAGCCAAAAUAACUACCAGGUAUUUAAUACUUUGAAUUCUAGAGGGGUGACAUACACUGCUUUCUCUCCUACUCCUCCUCCAUUCAAUGGAAUUAGAGCAGGCGAAGAACAGACUAGAAUUAAAACAAAUGUUACAUGUCACUAAUACUGUAAAGGAUUCUUUAUUUUGUAAAUGGCAUUGAAAACCAGUUAAUCUAUCACUUCUUCUAGCAACCUCCUGCCCAAUAAUUUCUCCAUACUUUAAUUGCUAAAGGGCCACUAGAGACACCCAGUGUACUUCAAUAAGUGGACUGGGUGCAAUUGUCCUGUCCUUUUAACCCUGCAAAGUAAUGCAUUGCAGUUUUUUUUAAAUUGCAGGGUUAAAGGGAACAUGUCAUGUCCGUAUUGACUUUAACUCUUAAAACAGCUUAGAAUUUCAUCUAUAAAUUGUGCUAACCGCUAGUGAUGUCCCGAACGGUUCGCCGCGAACAGUUCACCACAGACUCAUCAUUGAGUAAACUUUGACCCUGUACCUCACAGUCAGCAGACACAUUCCAGCCAAUCAGCAGCAGACCCUCCCUCCCAGACCCUCCCACCUCCUGGACAGCAUCAAUUUUACAUUCAUUGUGAAGCUGCAUUCUUAGUGAGCUGUCCAGGAGGUGGGAGGGUCUAGGAGGGAGGGUCUGCUGCUGAUUGGCUGGAAUGUGCCUGCUGACUGUGAGGUACAGGGUCAAAGUUUACUCAAUGAUGAGUCCGCGGCGAACCGUUCGGGACAUCACUACUAACCGCUUUUAUACAUUUGGAGAAGAACCUACCUAUCCCUCAAUGCUGAGGAAUUGAGAGACAGGGAAAGCAGAGGAUGUGCUUCCUAGCUGUCCCUGAUAGUGCUGGCUAGGGAGGAUAGGAACAGACUAUCCACCUCAUUAAUGAGAUUGGGACAGGGGAGCAGAGGGCCAGGUAAGGCAUGACAGUUUCCCUUUAAAUUGACAACCACUAAAGGCGAUUCCUCAGCUCUGACAGAGUAAAACUUGGUCACGUGACAUGGAAGCCCCAAAAGCAUAGCAUUGAUUCAAUGCAUUCCUAUGGGGAAGCUUAGAUUUGUGCAUAGCAUUCUCCGAGAAUGCACAUCAGGUCCCCAAUGCUUUAUGAGGGCCAUUGGAUUGGACCGACGAUGGAAGACACCAUGCCUACUCCUUAACUUCGUGGAAAGAGGCAAGCGUAAGCAGCACCAAUGUAAGUAAAAGCCUUUAUUUUUAGCCUUUUAUCACAUGCAGCAGGGACCUAUAUAACUAUGGACAAGGACACUAAAGCGUUACAAAUACAGGAUUGUAUUCCUAAUGCGUUAGUGUGUCUUGAAGGAAAUUAUUUUUUUUUUGUGCCUAUGUGCACAUACAAUGUCCCUCUAAAUUCUAUCAAUGUAUAAGAAUUAUUUAUACACAUUCAUAUUGCAGACCUCUUUAAUUUACAUUUUAUUUUGAUUUUGUGCUGUUUGUGGCUACUUUGACAUAUUCCUUGAAAAAUAAUAUAUAAUUAGUAAUCUAUAAAUAGACUAUGUCCAAUCAGCUUGUUAGGAUUUAAAAUCAAUUCCACACAGCAAUUAGCUAAUUCUAUGUAUCUAAAAAUACCUUCGUCACAGCACGUAAUUAAUUAAAUGCCUUAUAGCCUAAGCUGCUAAUAGAUAUUUCAGCUGUUUUGGUUUUGUUUGUUUAAAAAAAAACCAAAAAAAAACUUGGAAUACCACUUGUUUAUUUGACAUAACCAUUCAAGAACUGGGGAGCUCACUCUGGCACACAAAAAGUUAAAAGCGGCAAUGUUCUACAGAUGAUAUCAUGCCAAAUGGUCUGGUUUGGCGCUAAGAGUUGACAGUCAUCCUAUUGGUUACCAUGGUGAUUACAACUUCACCUCAGAAUAGAACGUGUUUUUGCCUCGAUAAAUAUGGCUAGAUUGCUUAAAGGGACACUUUAAGCAACAAAACAACUUAGCAUAAAUAGCAUUUUUUUUUUUUUUCUUUUGGAAUGUAGAUUCCCUUCUGUUUAACCCCUUAUUUAUUCAGGUUUUUUUUAAAGCCAAGUUGAAUAAAGAUUACUUACCUCAUUUCUGUCACGGCUAAACGAUACAACAGUAAGGACGUAUUAACAGACCUUAGCAUGGCCGGUUUAAUGUACAAAAAGCGUAAACGUGUUUCUAGCCAAGAUUGAGAUGCCAGAAAUAUGGGAAUAAGAUAUAACUAGCCAGGCCAGGAUUACAGAGGUCAAUAAAUAAGCCAAAAUCAAAUAACCAGAAUAUCUGAGAAGAUAUAAAGCACUUUACGAGGAACGAAGAGAGUGUGCAAAGACUAUGGGGCUGGAAACUUUAUUUAAGCACUGAGGUAGUCCACGUCACUACUGCAACUCCAAAAAGAGCAGGAGCGUGGUUGCACUGAGGACGUGUCCCGUCUAGAACCGGAAAUUAUGCUAGGCAUUUUAUUAGUAUAAGUAGAGUGGUCCUGCGAACGCGCAGCGUUACUCUCCUUGCCAAUAACACUCUCCUCCCAAUGUGCACUUGGUUGGGGAGUCAGAAUGCAAUCGCCAAUCGGGAAGGCAGAUGAGGACCAUAAUGUGCAGUGUGACACCAUUAUGUGUCCCUCCGGCACAGUCCAGCCUGUUGUUGUUCAGCCAACUGGGUUUGAACCUCAGCUUUGUGGGACCGCUGGAGUUUGAGAUAAGUAGAGGGCAAUGCAGAGGCAUGUGUAAUGGUUAUUCCUAGAUGGUCGGAAGCUCACCACCGCUGUACUAGUAGAAGAAGGGAGGGGGGGAGGAAACAACUGCCCACAUACAAAAUAAAUAAAUCACUGUUUAGUAAUCACCUACAGCCCGAUUACGAGUAAAUGGUCAGCUGUCCCACCCAGUAACUAUCACAAACGGCACGAGACAGGGUUGCCCGUUAUCAUCCCUCCUGUUCAUACUAGUCCUUGAACCAUUCCUACAGGGGAUAAGAGACCAUCAACAAAUCAAAGGCUUCAUAAUAGAUAAAACGGAAUAUAAGGUCACUCUGGCAAUUGCUGCCUCUUGAGUUUAGUGCAAAUAAGCUAACCAAACCAGGAAGUAAUAGGAUCUGUUGUUUGCUUGAAAAGCCAGGUAUGUGCAACCAAUAUACUUUCUAUUGAAAUCUGCACUAUUUUCAAAGUGAUAAAAGAGGACACACUUGUCACAUAAAGCAAGUUACAGAACUUUAGGGGUCUGUAGUGUCCCUUUAAUGUAAUAAAUAGGUACAUAAUGUUUUAUUUUGGAUUUUUCCCAUGCAUAAAGUCUAGGUAUACUUAAAGGACCACUAUAGUGCCAGGAAGUGUCAGUGAGACAGCCACUAGAGGCCGGAUUAACCCUAGUGUAAACCUACCAGUUUCUCUGAAACUGCUCCUGUUUACAGCUGCAGGGUUAACCCUAGAUGGACCUGGCACCCAGACCACUUCAUUGAGCUGAAGGGGUCUGGGUGCCUAUAGUGGUCCUUUAAGAAUUCUAUAUCCAUAGAAUUCUCUUAAUGUGUAUUAAGUGUGACAUUUUUUUUAAACUUUAUUUUAUUCUGCUUUCAGGUGGAGAUACUUCAUAAAACAGUAGGACGUGUGGAAUUCAUCUCAAAAGACAUCCAAGAAAAACAGCUAUUACAUGACACAUCCAUUAAGAAAAGUGAAAAAGAAUUGGAUCAGGUUGGAGUGAUUCUUAAAAAACUGCAGAAAGAUUUGUCUAAUGUUAUCCAAGAUGUCACGGCUCAAGGGGACCGAGAUUUAAUUCAGUUUGAAAAAACAAUGAGUGAAAAAUUUACUGAGCUGAACAACUCAAUUAAUGAGGAUAUUAUUGAAAUUACCAAGGUACAGAAAUCAUGCCAAGAUGAAAUUAAUAAUGUGAAAGCUAAACUAACUUCUCUAGGAGAAUUUGAUUCAAUUAAGGAUGAAUUGAGGUUACUAAAAGAUGUUACAUCUCAGUUGCAAACAUCGUAUACUGCUAAAGAGGCCUCCAUUGAAUGGCUGAUGAACAAUGCAUUAAAUGUAGAGUCUAUUACAGCUAACACCAAUGAAAUUGCACUGAUUAGACUUGAGCAUGAUGACUUUAAAAAAGAUCUGGAAGCCCAAGUAACCAAAAUUGAAGACAUUAAAGAAAAGAUCUUGAAAAUCGAAGAUUCUGAUGUGAAGUCUGCGCUAGAGAAACUUGACAAUGAAUUUGACCAAAUAUCCUCUUCUGUUGCAGAGAUGGAAAACAAUUAUGUCUCUGCAAACAAUGAUCUACUUAAAGAGAUUAAAAUAAAUAGAGAUGAUUUUGAGUUACGACUAGGUCCUCUAGAAAGUCUUAUGGAAACUGUGAAGGGAUCUCAGCAGUUGGAAACAAUAGAAUCAUUUAAAACCAGCUUUGAUGAAUAUAACAGAAGACUGAAUGCUGUUGAAGAAGCAUAUUCUGGUCUCAAAAUAUCAGCUAGUUCUGGAGAUGCAGAAACAUCUGAAACCUUAUCAAGUAUCCAAGAUAGUCAGCAAAAUUUAUCCAAGGAUGUUGAUGAUUUGAAGUCUAUUGUAGCUCAAAUUCCAGUUAAGUCAUCUGAGUUUGAGAGACUCCAAGUGGAGGUCACUAAUAUGCUUGAGGGACACAGGAGUCAAAUAGAAGAUUUGAAGGACAAUUAUGACCAAUGGAAAAGCAGUAUAGAUGAACUUAGGAGUAAAGUUAGCACAUCUGAUAAUUCUGAACAAGUCUCCAGUGAUGCACUAAGUUCCUCCGUGAACAAGCUGGAAACGGACUUGAAGAUGUUAAGGACAGCUGUGGACAGUUUGGUAGCAUAUUCUGUCAAAAUUGAAACCAAUGAAAAAGAAUUGGGAUCCAUGAAAGAGUCUCUUGAAGACCUAAAGCAAAGUACUGACCGGUUGUUAGUUAAAUUAGAACAGAUACAAGAGGCGGUAUAAGUGCUUAUUUUGUAGAGGAAAAGAAUGUAGUAUUUUUUUCAAACUUUUUUUGCAUUUGUUUUGGGUUUCAAUAAACAUUUUUCUUGUUUUCUGUAUAAGAUUUUCUUCAUAAUUUGUUUAAAAAAAAAAAAAAUGCAUUUGUUUUCUUGUUAGUUCAGUCUCCUCUUACAGUACUAAGCUCUAUGGGUAUGAUACUCUAGAGCAAUAUAGGAGCAUGCCAGUUUUGACCAAUAAAUACGAUUAAGAUACCAUGCAAAGGUUUAGGUGAAACACAGGGAAUCCUAUGCAAAAUAUUACUUUAAAGAAAAUAGAAUGUGUAGUAAAAUAUCUGUAUCUGAAUUUGAGUCCUGAUUAUCACCUGGUAUGGAGAAAGGAAGGAUUUGGUGCACGAUUUUUGGGUUCACAAUCUUCCAGCAAAGAUUGUUCUUUGUCACAAUGAGAACAUUAGAAAUAUGUAAUAUUGUAGCUAAAGAAAGAGGAUGUUUUGUUAGUCAUUCAUCCUAUACAGUUCUGACUAGCAAUAUAAACACAGUUUAUUGACGCAAACAGAAAAUAAAUGAUAGUCUUAUAGUAUUCUUUGUAAUUGUGUAAUAACCUGACCUCUGCCACUGCCCCUUCCAUAAUGUAUAGUAUCUUGAAGACAUGACGAGAAUUGAGCUGGAAGUUUUCAAGAGGAUGUAAAAUUCCAACUUAACUAUGCAUUCUGAAUAACCAUGCGCUGUCAAUGAUUUUAUUUCAUUUAAUUUUUUCGGGGUUGGACUGGAUGUUAGAAGGCUGCUAUGUCCAAACUAGAUAACUUUGGUCAUAGCUGCUCUAGAACAGGACCUACUCAAGAAAAACAAUAAGGGCAGUAUGCUCUGCAUACCCUAAUAGAGCUUGACAUUGGCAGAAACCUGCCAGUCACUUUAAUCUAAGCGGGUGACCAAUGACACAAAAUAUGGACUUAACUAUAAUCCCUUAUGGUGGAACCUGUAUUUGUUGCGUACUUAAGCUAAUUUAAAGCCAAAGUGGAUGCAUUGGUCUUAAAGAACAACUGUCACCUCAAAACAUUUUUAAUAUAAUAAUCAUUUCAUCAAGUUUAGAAGAAAAAUGUUUUUGUAAUUAAAUUGUGUUACAAAAUGAGAACUACACUCAUAUGCUUCAUUUAAAAAAAAAUAUAUAUUUCCUUUUAACUGAUGAAAUUUUUUUUUCAGAUGACUGUUGUCCUUUAAAUUUGAAAUGUACAUUGAUGUUCUGACAAUUCUCAGUUUAGUAAAUAACCCUGCAAGUAAAAAAAUAUCUACUAUAAUUGCAAAUGCACAAAGCUGAAGGACAAAACCUUUUGCAUAAUUUCCUGAGCUAAAACCAGUUUUUCUUUCUUUAAGAGAUGUGCCAAAGGGGAUAUUCUGUUUUGGGCAAAGAAAAAAAACGUCUUGCGUGAAAGAAAAGCAAAAGUGGAUACUUUUACUGCAGCCUUACACAUAGCCUUGACAAUAAUUUAUUCUGUUUACGUAAAAAAAACUAUCUUUGAUUUAGCUAGGUGUAUUUAUGUGAGAUGCAUUAAUUUUCCUGACAUUAGAAGCAUAAAAGCAUCCAUGAAUUGUAAUAUUUUCUGCAAUAAAUCAGCCACUGGCAAAGUACUGAAAACAAAACCGUACGCAGAAAAGAAGCAAGUGAUGUCUUGUUAUGCUUGCUUAGAGCCAUAUUGCUUUAGUUAAUGUAUGGCCCAAACAUCAAGUGGUUAUAAUCUUGCUUUGAGGUUGAUGUUGCUGGUUCAGUUUUAAGAAUGAGAAGCAGCGCUAUCAACAUAAUGGGUGGGUCAUCUCAGACUCCAUGAUUUAGAAAACUGUAAAUUUUGUGGAACCUGCAAAUGUCACACUGAAUACUCUGUGGAUUUUCAAAUAUAUGAAAACUAUAGAGAAGAAAUGGGAAAGUUUGUAAUGUAGAUAAAUUACAUACAAGAUUCAUCUCUCACAUUAGAUGGAACCACCUCUACCAUAUGUUGUCCAUGGGGCCUGAGGAUCCAAAGGAUGAGUAGGUAUGAUGGACAAUCAUAGAUCGUUUAUCCAUACACCUAAAACAUGAUCAAAGUUUCAUUUAACAAACUAGAAAUGGAAGGUUGUCUUUCUAACAGUGGAUUGCAACAGACUUAUGAGAGGCUACCAACAUUUUCUAGAGUUAAAUGCGAUUUAACCUACUGGUGUAUGGAGUGUAAAACACGUUAUCCUGGUGUAGGUAUGUAGUGCAGCAUGAUGGCAGGGUAGCAAGAAGCACUGUGCAUGUUGAUUGCUGGCAUAAACAGUAUUAAUAUGUUAGCUAGUCGACAUGUUAUGUGUGACAUGUAAUUCAUUGCCACUGGGUAUUUAGAUUUGGCGGGGAUAAUGCAAACAAUAGUACAAGAAACAACACAUAGAAUAAUAAUUAGGCAGCGAAAUCAUGCACCUCAGAGUCAAUCAAGAGAGGGCUAGUGGUGGAGAAAAAAAAAAAUCAGAGUGAAAACAAUAUGAAAAUGAAAAAGGCCCAGACUCUGCACGCCCAGGUGAUGCCAGGCUGAGUCAUCCUAUGCCUCUUGGCGGCUUUGAGCAGGAGUCCAGCCGCUCUGCUUCCCCUGCAUGAGGACGCCGCCAGACCCAGGUGUACCUGCUCUCCUGUGCCCCCUUGAUCGAAUGAGUGCAAAGUCCUCCUGCCUACCUAGGGUUGCGCUGCAAUCUGUAGUGUCGAGUGGGUGUCGCAUGUCCUAGUCGGUUGCUUGGAUAAUGUUGGCCCCUUCCCGAGCUCCACACCGGUAAGCAACUGCGUGGUCUAGCAGGGUGUUGGGGGCGUUGUAUCACCAGUGGGCCUCCCAUAUACCCCUCCGUCGCACGUGUCGCUGCAGGGCGCCUGGUGAGGGCCACACGAUGCUGGGGGUCUCGCGUUGUUCCAUGCCCCAUUCGCUCCAUGUUGGUCUUAUGCGGGUUGUGCUUUGCAGGGUGAGCAGGCUUUCGUCAGUGUUGCUGUGUUCGGGGCCCUCUGUCCCCCGUCACUGCUUUGGUUUUCUUUGAGGGUCUGGCCCUAGUUUUUCCUCGCUGCUGGUGAGGACGGAGUGAUGCAGUCCCGACGUCUCUCCGCCCCUUGCUGUGGAUUUGGGCAGGCGAGUUAGGGAUGGUGGGCCUGUUGUCUAUACGGGUCCAAAAGUCUUUGCAUAGUUGGUCGAACCGGGCCCUGAAGCACUUCUCCCAGUCCAUGCUCUCCAUGUUUGCCUGUUGUGGGGAAGGCCUCUGCAUGGCGGCCAUUUUGAUCCGCCACGCGGUCCAAGAUUCUGCUGCUUUUGUACUGCUCAGGUUCGCAGCGUGCCCAGUGGGGACCGGGAUCACUCCCACCGGUCCAAGGGGGGAGGGGGCAGUAACGGGGUUUCUGUAGCGGUGCCUCGAACCGCGUGGUCUCAAGCGGAGUAUCGGCCGCGUCCCUCAGCCGUCGGGCCCGCGGUCCAGGUAGGCCGCAAAACAAGCCGGUAGCUUCUGGCUUUUCAGAACAGAUCGUGUGGGAUCCCUUUUGUCCCUGUCAUUAGAGGUGCCUGUUGUGUCACUUGCUGAGCUGUCCGCCACUUUUUCCGUGCAAUUUUGAUAGUUUUCGUGGUUGUGCUGGCAGGAGCUCACAGAAACAUGUCUGGCCAGCUUGCGAGUCAGGCCCCGCCCCACCCCACAAUUUUACUUUUUAAAUAGCAAAUUCUUAUGUAUUUUUUUUUUUUAAUACAUCCUAUUUAUAGUUUUAAAAGAAAUAUUAAUUCACAUAAUUUACUAAUUAUUUCCCCCUCCAUUUUCCUUUAUGAAGAAUGAAUUCAUGAUGACACUUUGUAGUGGUAUGGUGUUCACAUUUUAUUAUCAAAUAUGCAACUUCAGACAAAAUAUGUAGCAUCCUUUGGUAGCAAUUUUUAACUACAAUAUGCAUUUGUUGAGCUAUAUGGCAAACUUUGUGUUUAUUUUCGUAUAUCUGAUUGCCCAUGUGUCUGUUUGAAUUUUGGGACUGUAUGCAUUGCAUUGAAGUUUCCUGCACGGCUGUACUGUUGAUUGACGGAUUCCUUUGCUCGAAAAUGCGGAAGUGGAACGCAGACUUGCGUUCCACAGAGAGAGUAAGUAGAUACCAGACCAUGUGAUCGACAGACAGACGGAACGUGCGUUCCAUUGAGAACACUUCUGGAUACAUAGAUGCCAGCAAUUUGGAAAUUAGAAUGGUAUAAAAAACAGAACUGCUUUCCACAAAGUAUUCACCAACUGAGGAAGCCAGCUGAUGGAGAAACGUGUUUUGGACUAAAGACUACAUUAAUUCUUAAGUAUUUUUGAUAACUAGAUCAUAUUUUAUUUGAUUUGUAUGAAUAAAUUUGUUUUAUUUUUCAACAUCAUCAAAGUUUUCCUGUCUAUCCCUGCUGACUAACAUUUGGGGUCAAAAGACACAGAAGAGGGCUGUGGAUCUUCCUUAAGGAUCCAAGAGCGCUAUACACGAGAGCCAGGUGACCUAUUGGCUCUAUCCUUGUUAG